UGCACAUCAUGGAUGAUGAACCUCUUUCUUCGAAUGACACGGGUGAAGAGUCCAUCCACGAGCCCCCAAUCAUUUCUUUCGAUAACAGCGGCGACGGCCCGCUUCGGGUGCCCGGCUUUGGUGCCAUCCCUCUGGAUUAUGAGCUUCCAUCCGACGCGCGCUUUGCUCAUGGAAUCAAAGAGUGGCGCCAGGCGCCAGCCGUCACAGCACGUGAGCUGACCAUGACUGCGGUAAUGAAUCGUCUGACCGACCGUCCAAACUGGCAUGUCGAUGUCUUUGAUGAUGUGGUCGUGGCGCGCUGGCGGCAAGACAGCACUGCCUCCAUCGCUAUGAAUCCCCUCUUGAGUGACCGGGCCUGGGAGUGGUGCGUGCAGGAACUACGCGACAAAGCCACCAAGUUUCAGCAAAAUGGGCAUGUCCGGGUGUUGGACACUGGAUCCUGUGUCUGCAAGUCUGAUCAUGUUCCCGCACUUCAAACGGGGGAGCUAGCCGGCGAGUUCCGACGCGCGGUAAAACCGGUGCUUCGAUCCCUCAUGGAAUCUGGGCUGUUGGAUUGGCGGUCAAGGAAUAGAUUAAGUACCGUCGACCCGACCAUGUUUCCGCUGGUUUAUGGGCAUAGCUUGGUCUUGACUGAUGGUGGUCGGGUGGAGGUAGAGAAUGUGCUUGGCGCGUAUCAAGGUGCGACCACCCUUGCGCCUGCUCAUGUCGACAAGAGGACAGAUUCGGCGAACAUUCAGAGGCAAAUUGAUGAACGGCCAAAGCCGCUAUGGUGGGUGAGAGUCGAUGAUGAAACAGCGCCUCAUUACCGAUGGAGCGCGAAUUAUCAGGCUCUGCCAUCCGAAGUGGAGUUUGUAGGGGAUGCAGGAUCGACGGAGGUUCGCCUCACCUCAUAUGUCAAUAAUCUGCAUCCUGUGCACCAGGGCCUGUACCGUGCAAUUGAGACAUUGGUAGGCUGGACAAUACCAUUAUGGAACGACUGCUUGGUCCAGGGCCAGCGGGGCUGGAGCGACAUCUUGAACCAGGGCCAGCUGGGGCCGGUGCCACUACGGAUAAUCACUUAUGGAAUAGAGUGGGAGAAUGAGAUUCCCGAAUGCCUGCUCGCCUUCCGGAUUCCAAGUGAGUGGAGAAAGUCGAGGUACCGCUUUUUCCGAGAAGAGCUUUUAAACAAUGCGGGGGAUAACACAGAAGAGGGUCGCAAAAGAUUUCAACGCGCACAAAAACGACUGGAAGACUUUCAAGACGUUAUAGGGAGUGAAGAAAAGAAGUUACCGCCCCCCGAGUCAGACCUCUGGCAACGCGCAAAGGAGUAUCUCGAACUUCCUGAGGAUGGAUCAGCGACCCCUGUUCCUGCUCCAGAUGAUUGGCCGGAGAACACUUGGUAUGCAAUCGAACGCAAGGCCAAGAGAGUGGUGCGUUUUCGUCACCCGGAGCCAGGGACGGCUUUUUCUUAUGAAGAGUGGAAGACGGGGCAUCACCACGAAAGAGCUGUGGUUGACAUGAUCCGCAAGCGGAUCGACUGGCAUGAUAUGCCCUACAAACCUGUCACGCCUCCCCACAAACCAUAUACUGUUCGGCUUCAGGAGGCCUUCCGUUCGCAAGGACUACAAGUAAUUGUGAACAUGGAGAACAUUGAGCUUACCCUUGACAGCCCGGACUACAAAGGAACAGACUGGCAUAUGGAAGGCCAGCUUAACGAGCACCUCAUAGCUGUCGCCAUCUUUGCAUACGAUAUCGAGAAUGUUACAGAACCCCAGAUCGCCUUUCGUCAGAACACUAAGAUGGACCAAUGCUUUUACAGAUACAGGGAGCAUAAAGAAACAGGAUGCAGGUGGCACAUACGAACGCCGCCAGCCCACAGAUAUGGAAAACAUGGCUACUCCGAUUUAUAUGAAUUGGCGCAAAUCCUGGGCUAUUCGGAUUUUGACCUCGAUACUGAUAACCACGCAACGAGAACAUGGCAGGAUAAAGGUGUAGUCUCGGUCUCGCAAGGGCGUUUGAUCGCAUUUCCCAACCUUCUAGAGCACCGUGUCGAGCCCUUCUCCCUGGCUGAUCGGACUCGCCCGGGGCAUUUUAGAUACAUCAAGCUGUAUCUGGUCGACCCUCACUAUCGCGUCUGCUCCACCCGAAAUGUGCCGCCCCAACAGCAUCACUGGUGGGCAGAAGCGGUAGGUGCGGAUCUGAGCGCUGCGGGACUGCCUCAAGAGAUAAUCGAUCAGAUCAUGCAAGAGACGGGCAGCUGGCCUAUGGGGUUACCGGAGGCUCGGCGGCACCGCCACGCCUUUUUGAAAGAGCAUCGCUGGAAUAAUCUGGUCAGGAUGGAGGAAAUGAAUUGGCCGUACUUCAAUUGUUGAACACGAAUUGUGGAGAAGUUAUGGAAGCCUUUCCCGUGUGUGCCGCAAAGUAGAAACUAUCCAAG